AGCUGGUGGCAAAAAGGUACAUUUCCGGUAAAUUUCCAUGAAAAAUUUCAACGGACUGUUUGUAAUGUUGGGAAUUUUAGAAGCACUUCUGUAUUUUUAAUGUGGAGAAACACGGUACUCUUUUUGAAAGGAGCCAUUCUUUAUACUUCAGCAAUACAUAUAUUAUAUUUGCUACAUCAGGACAGGAUACCAUUGUUAACGAUAUCCUCCCUAGUGAGUAAGGGGGAAGAAUGCCACGUUUAGUAUCAGAUGUGUGGAAGCAUUUCACCCCAGCCAUUAAUGACGAUGGGAAGACUAUGUACAUGUGCAACUACUGUACAAAGCAGUAUGUAAAGAAUGCCACAAAGUUGCAGGUGCAUUUAACCAAAUGCAAAAAUGCAACAUUAUAUCAAAGCGCACAAGAACCAUUGUUCUGCCAUACAAUGGAAGACCACAGCCAGAAGAAUGCUGAUGAGUGCCUGGCUCGAGCUGUAUAUGCCACCGGCUCACCCCUCAUGCUCAGUGAGAAUGUGUACUGGAAGAGAUGUUUCAAUGUUAUUUGCCCUGGAUACUCUCCUCCGAACAGAGAUGCUCUGUCUACUAAUUUACUGGAAGCUGAGUUCAACAGAGUGCAAGGAAAAGUGAAGGAAACAAUAGAGAAGGCAGACAGUGUUGCUGUUGUCUCCGAAGGGUGGUCAAAUGUACAAGGUGAUGGCAUCAUAAACUACAUAGUCUCUACUCCUCUACCAUUGGUUUUCAAGACGACAGACAAAAAGGACAACACACACACGAGCACGCACAUUGCUGAUGAGCUGAAGGCUGUAAUCAAUGACGUUGGACCACAGAAGGUGUUUGCUGUUGUUACUGAUAGUGCUGCAAACAUGAAGGCUGCCUGGGCACAAGUGGAGGAGGCCUACCCUCACAUUACACCUAUUGGGUGCAUGGUUCAUGGGCUUAACCUACUCAUCAAGGACAUCAUGAGUUUGCAAACAAUGGAAACACUAUACAAGACAGCCAAGCAAGUUGUACAGGAUGUCAGGAGCAAAGAGGAAGUGUCAGCAACCUACAGCAAUAAAAAUACAAAGAAAAAUAACACCACACUGAAACUGACCUGCAACAUUAGAUGGGCUGGGGUUGUCACCAUGUACAGCAGCCUUCUGAAAGACAAGGAGUCUCUGCAAGAAAUGGCAAGAUCACAGUCUGUGGAAAUUGAAAUCUCCGUCAGGAAAAUACUGCUUGAUGAUGUGUUUUGGGAGAGAGUGGUCCGCAAUCUUACGCUACUCUCACCGAUCGCAUUUGCCAUUGAUCAGAUUGAAGGAGAGGAUGCUGUCUUGUCAGAUGUUCUCAGGAUUUUUGCUGAUUUAAAAGACAAAAUCAGCACAGCCCUCCCUUCAGCCUUGCUACUCAACACAGAGGAGACGGCAGUUGUUCGAUUUCUGGAGCUGUGUGGAGAGUUUUGUAUCAAGCCAAUUCACGCAGCAGCAUACAUGCUGGAUCCAAAGCAUAUUGGGAAACAAAUACUUUCUGGAGAACAGAUCAACAGCGCAUACUAUGUGAUUUCUACCCUCUCACACCACCUCAAUCUUGAUGAGGGCAAAGUUCUGGCAAGUCUGGCAAAGUUUUCUACCAAGCAAGGCCUUUGGAAUGGGGAUGGGAUAUGGCAAUCAUGCCAGCACAUUUCUCCCUACACCUGGUGGAAGGGUCUCUGUGCAUCUGAGGCCCUGUCACCCAUCGCCUCUGUGAUCCUUCAGAUCCCACCAACAUCAGCAGCUUCUUUGCGCCUCAGAGCAUUCUUUAGGAAAACCAAAACAAAGGUGGGCAACAGUUUAACAAACAACAGAGUGGAGAAAUUGGUGGCUAUUAGGGCCAACCUUAACCUUUUUGAGCCAGGAACAGAACUAGGGUCCAGCACACAGCUUCAGAGUGACACAAAGGAGGAAAUGGACAUUAAAUCAGAGUCUGAGUGAACAACUAAGGAUGAAAAAGGGACAAAAUAUGAACAACGAGCUUAAUAAGUGGACAUGUCAUUUGUUUUUAGAUGCCUUUUU